CCACGCGACUUCCAUUCCAUUCCCAAGCAAACUAUCCACUGUUGAUCGUCCGCCAUCACUGAAAGUUUAAUCGCAACCUCUGAAGCUGGACUUGAGACUCUGACAAGAUGGUCGCCGACGCACUUGUUUACCACCCGACGGUGUCGCAUUACUUGAAGUUUGUCGCGACGACUGUCGGCCGCGACAAACUCCUCCGCACCCUACAAUACUUCUCGCGCUUCCUCGCCUGGUACCUCUACCGCACCAACCGCCCCCUCAGCACCAUCGCCCCCUUCGAGGCCACCAAGAAGCAAUUCGGCGCCACCCGCAAACUGAUGCGCGUGGGAAAGUUCGUCGAGCACUUCCGCGCCGCCGCCGUCGCCAGCGACGCCAAGGCCACCGACCCCGUGCUGCGCUUCACCGCAGUCGGCAGACAGCUGGGAUAUGCCAUGUACAUGCUCCUGGACAAUGUGUGCGUGCUCGACGCCACGGGGAUCCGGAAAUUCAGCACGGCGCCGCGCAUCGGACGGGAGGCGUAUAAAGCGUGGUUCACCGGGCUGUCCUUCAGCAUCGCAUCCGGGCUGUACAGCUACUACAACCUCAACCUGCGCCAGAAGAGCGUGGGACAAUCGAGCGAUCCGGAGAAGGUUGUCGAGACGAAGAAGGUGGCCAAGGAGAUUAACGCCGUGACGGUGCAGCUGCUGAGCGACUUUUGCGAUAUCAUGAUUCCGAGCUCAGCGCUCGGGUGGGUGGAUCUUGAUGAUGGGAUUGUGGGGCUUGCAGGCACGACGAGUAGUUUGUUGGGGGUUUGGGGGCAGUGGAAGAAGACUGCUUAGAUGCAGACGGGGAGAAGCAGAUGGUGGGGGUAUUGAGUGGGCGUAGAUUUUCCAUUUUAGCAAGGCGAUAUAUGAUAAUUUUUUGUUGGACAU